GCAUAUAAAAUUAUUUGUUUACUUGGUUUUGGAAAAAAAUAUUAGUUGAACGGAGACAUGAAGGCAAGCACACAACAUCAUCAACACCGCCUUGUUUGACACUUUCACCACAUAUAACUCGGUUUCAACAUUUUUUAAACACAAAUCUCUCUCUCUCUUUUUCUCUCUCCGGUUCGCCAUGGUGGACGCAGAGAGCAGCGCCAAGGAUAUCUUGCUACUGCCGGUAGACAGAGUUCAGGUAGUGACAUGGAGAAAUCUGCGAGACGGAUCAUUCACCGAAGAACUCAAACGUCUCAUCUCCUUCGCCACUCCUAUGGCUGCUGUCGUCAUCGCUCAGUUCAGUUUACAGAUCAUCUCUAUGGUUAUGGUUGGUCACCUCGGAAACCUCGCUCUCGCCAGCGCCUCCUUAGCUUCUUCCUUCUGCAACGUCACUGGCUUCAGCUUCAUCAUAGGAUUGUCAUGUGCCUUGGAUACUCUGAGCGGUCAAGCUUACGGAGCUAAACUCUACCGUAAACUAGGCGUUCAGACAUACACAGCUAUGUUCUGUCUCACACUAGUCUGUUUCCCUAUCUCUAUCGUAUGGUUCAACAUGGGGAAGCUUCUUGUUUUCCUUGGCCAAGACCACUCUAUUGCGCACGAAGCCGGCAGGUACGCCGCCUGGCUCAUCCCUGGUCUCUUCUCUUACGCUGUUCUACAGCCACUCACUCGCUACUUCCAAAACCAGAGCAUGAUCAGACCCCUCUUGAUCACCUCCUCUUUUGUGUUCUGUCUCCACGUUCCUCUCUGCUGGCUUUUGGUUUACAAGUCAGGGCUUGGUUUCCUUGGUGGAGCCUUGGCUAUGGGUUUGUCGAACUGGCUCUAUGCUAUUCUUCUUGGGUCUAUCAUGUACUUCUCCUCUUCUUGUUUUGAGACGCGUGCGCCUCUUACCAUGGAGAUAUUCAAUGGCGUUGGAGAGUUCUUUAGCUAUGCUCUUCCUUCUGCUGCUAUGGUUUGCCUAGAGUGGUGGUCAUAUGAACUCAUAAUAUUACUCUCUGGUCUCUUACCCAACCCAGAACUGGAAACUUCUGUGCUCUCUGUUUGUCUCCAAACAGUUGCUACAAUCUAUUCAAUACCACUUGCCAUCUCGGCUGCAGCAAGCACAAGAAUCUCAAACGAAUUAGGUGCUGGAAACUCAAGGGCGGCACAUAUUGUGGUCUACGCGGCAAUGUCUCUUGCAGUAGUGGAAUCAUUGGUAGUGAGUAUGUCUCUGUUAGUCGGAAGGAAUGUUUUCGGGUAUGUUUUCAGUAGUGACAAGGAAACAGUCGACUAUGUUGCAAAGAUGGCUCUGUUGGUCUCUAUCUCUAUCAUACUAGACGGUUCACAGGGUGUUCUCUCAGGUAUUGCAAGGGGAUGCGGAUGGCAACAUAUAGGGGCUUACAUCAAUUUAGGAUCUUUCUAUCUCUGGGGGAUACCCUUUGCAGCAACUUUAGCCUUCUGGGUUCAUCUGAAAGGUGUUGGCCUUUGGGUUGGAAUACAAGCUGGUGCCGUUCUACAAACUUUUCUGCUAGCUCUUGUCACUGGCUGCACAAACUGGGAACACCAGGCCUUUGAAGCAAGGAAGAGAAUGGCUUUAGCCUAAAGGUUAAGCCGCCGGCCCUAAGAGCAUCUAAAGAUUACAGGGACCAUGUUUUCCUCAAGUUUUACCAUUUUGGUAGCAGUUUGAUUGAUGUAUGUUACUUCAGGACUAGUGGUUGCUGCAAAAUAACGAGUCUUUGUUUGGUAACAAUACUUCAUUACGAGUGUACUUGUGAGGUCGUUUCAUUCAUCAACAUCAUAUCUUUUACUGGAAUCAGACGGUGUUCUUUCA